AAAGUUCUAUGACAUUAACUCCCUCAGAAAUGAAGAUCCAUCACAAGUCGCACCACCUUCCAUUCCAAUCGCAAGGUACAGUUCUUUCACCUGUCUUCUCUAACAAAUGUAUAGCAACAUGUAUAAUUAUUUAAAAAAAACUGUCAGAAUAAGACACCAAUGCACACACUUCUCCCUGUGGAGAGAGGAUAAGAGACCAAACAACAUAUGGCAGAUGUUAAUCAUGUUGCUUAAUGCACUAUUGGAGGGCACUCAGAUACUAUGCUGAUGAGCACAGCACAAGAACGUAUAUAGUACAGUCAGGAUGGAGAAGCAGUCCCCAAUGUUCUUUGGGUCGCACCCUAACCUCCCAUCCCUCAAAAUGCUCAUAUUGACAAGGACAGUAAGAGGACAUUCAAAUGGCUGCUAAUGGUCUGCAGCAGCUUUCAGAUUCCGCUCUUCCACAACAAAGGCGAGUAACUGUUUCCCUAAACAGGAGCCAAUUAACAUCUUCCAUGUAGUUCAAGCCAGAUCAUUUGGAUGCAGCUCAGAAGGGAUGGCACCAUAUGUGGUGCACUGUGCAAAAGGGGAUCUGGGUUAAACAGUAAAUCGUGCCCCAGUGCAUACCUAGUCUAGUACAAACUGCUGGUGGGAGGGAAGUGCUCCAAUGUGAGGCUGGUGAGAGAAAUCGGACAGUGACAUAGGCUGAAAUCAGACUGUGACCCUCACUUGUUUAUCACUUGGAUAUGAAAGAGCCUGCUGAGUUUAAUAAUUCACUCCAGUGUCUAUGCACUGAGCUGAUAAAAUGGCUGCAAUCAGGCUUCUCCUCUCGCUCCUUGUUGGACUAUGUGCUUAUUAUUUCUAUAGCCAGGAAACCCUAUCUGCAGAAAUGGUACGAGGGAAGCGUGUGCUGGUCACUGGUUCGAGCACUGGGAUUGGGGAACAAAUAGCCUAUGAGUUUGCACGAAUGGGAGCGCACCUGCUCCUAACUGCCAGGAGGGAGAAGCAGCUCAAGGAGGUGGCACAGAAGUGUCUGGAACUGGGGGCGAGUUCUGCCAGGCACGUGGUGUCCGACAUGAACAACUUGACUUCAGCCCAGAAUGUCAUUGAAGAAACCAGAAACAAACUGGGGGGUCUCGACUACCUGGUUUUGAACCACGUUGGGGGAAGUGGCCGGUUUGGCCCAUUCCAAGGAGACAUGGCAGCAGUGACCAGCUCUAUGACUGUCAAUUUCUUGAGCUACGUGCAGCUGACAGUUUCUGCAAUGACCAUGCUGCAAGAGUCUCAGGGCAGCAUCGUUGUCAUAUCGUCCAUGAGUGGUCGCAUUGGAAGCCCAUUCACCCUCGCAUACAGUGCAGCCAAGUUUGCUCUGGAAGGAUUCUACAGCUCGCUACGCAGAGAGCUGCGCCUUCGGGAGAUCAGUCUCUCAGUCACAGUUGCUGUACUGGGAUAUAUUGACACAGACAAUGCUUUGAAAAUCAUCGGUGAUAAAAUCACCAUGCAGGCAAGUCCCAAAGAAGAGUGUGCACGGGAAGUGGUGCGGGCUGGUGUGCUGCGACAUCGAGAGGUUGUAUAUCCUUACUGGAGCCUAAAGCCUGUCCUGCUGCUGAAGGAAUGGAUGCCAGGCCUGAUAGAAAGGCUGCUGGACAAAUUCCUCGUUCUGGAAAAUAUCCUCUAAGCCUCAGGGCAGUUCAAUUUCACGUGGAAGCACAAUAAAAGGAAAACCCUGCUCAAGCAGAGGGGCAACUGAGAUACUGGACUC